CGUAACACGUUGAUGAGAUAAUCGACGAAUAUAAAUCUCAAACGCAACGCCGAGUAAACAGAACAGUCGGCUCCUGGCUGUCUUUUAUUCUCACGUUAAGUUUACGGGAUUGUCGGUUACCAAGUAUUCAGAUAGAGUAUCGAGGAAUACUCUAUAAUAUAUAAAAUUAUUUUCUCAGCCUGGGAAAUUUUGUAAAUGCUUAUAAAUUCACCUAAAAAAUUAUUGAGCACGAAGAUCUUGCUUUCGAGCAGCUUCUCGUUAUUUAAAUGUGUCGAUACUCUUUCCGGUGGUCGUGUUAGGAUAUCUUUAUAUUAUAUUGCAUAUAAAAUUCUGCCGAGGGAAAGAUUUGGUCAAACAAUCGGACGGGUUCGAUUGCGUUUCGCGCUUGCGUGCUACGUAAUCCUCUGCGGUCAACCAUCGUGCUCUUUUUUCUUCUCUUUCUCUCUUAUUUUGUUGGUUGUUGCAGCGGAAGUGCACACGCAUGACGCACGUUUUCCGGCGCGGUAACAAGUCGGAAGCUCAAGUCGCAGGCGGCGGAGCGAAUCAGUCUCGCUGCGAAGCGGCCUGUCGAUUUGCCGUGGCCUCUCGUAGGCGCUCUCUCUCUCUUUCUCUCUCUCUCUCUCUCUCUCUCUCUCUCUCUCUCUUGUCGCAUAUAUAUCGAUCUUGAUGACUGAACGACGAGUUGCCAGGCGAAAGGGAAUACGUUUCGCGAAUUAGAACGCGCGCGGUUGCGGUCGCGCGACGUGAGCGAUGCUCAGGCUAGCGAAACAUUCAGCGUGGGAUAUCCGGUACCGAUGGAUGAUGACGAGGGGAAACGUGGCGUGAAAAGUUGCCGGUACUCGUACGGGGCUCGAAAAUGGCAGACACGAGCCAACAAGCAUUGAGCGAGCCACACACGAACGGAGUGAUGGACGGUUUAACGGAAGAUGAAAAAAGCAAGAUGAGACCCGCCGAUAUUGAUGCGGAUAUGAGAGAAAUGGAGAGGAGAAAGAGGGUCGAGAUGAUGAUGAACUCACGAAUCUUCCGGGAAGAGCUGGAACGUAUAAUUGAGACACAGAUGAGGGACGGUGGUGCUGGACCCUCCGGUCUCCUGCAACAAAUCUCUGACAUGAUGGGUGCACAGGGAGCCCGAUUCAACGGCAAUGUGUUCAAAAAUUCGAAUUGCGUCUUGCCUAUCAACGACAUACGCGGCGUGGAAAGCAUGGGAUACGCCAAGGGUGAGAAAUUGUUGCGGUGCAAGUUGGCAUCGGUCUUCAGAUUGCUCGAUCUCUAUGGAUGGACGCAGGGCGUUGGCGGGCAGAUCACCGCCCGUCUCAAUCAGGAUCAGGAGCACUUUUUGGUGAAUCCUUACGGGCUACUCUACCACGAGGUCACCGCCUCGAGUUUGAUCAAGGUGGACAUGCAGGGCGCGAUUGUCGAGCAGGGAACGACGAACUUCGGCGUGCACAUCACCAGUUUCCAAUUACACUCGACAAUACACGCUGCGAGACCUGAUAUCAAGUGUAUUAUUCAUAUUACUACUCCGUCCGUUACCGCAGUUUCCUCCUUGAAGUGUGGUUUGUUACCAAUCGGUCAGGAGAGCAUAGUUAUAGGCGAGGUGAGCACCCAUCAGUACAUAGGAGGUUCUGUCGAGCCGGAGGAACGGGAGAAAAUCGCUAGAAACCUCGGGCCGAUCAAUAAGGUUAUGCUUCUGACGAAUCGUGGUGCCCUUUGCUGUGGAGAAACAGUGGAAGAGGCGUUCUUUAACGUUUACAAUACCGUAGUCGCCUGCGAAACGCAGCUGAAGCUAAUGCCCGCGGGCGUAGACAAUCUAAGCCUUAUUAGCGAGGAAUCGAAAAAAGCUAUAUUCGAAGCGUCGCGAAAGCCACCGAUCCCUCAGCAGCAGAGCUCAGCGGUAGAGUCGUCCGCUCUCGCGGAGAAACUUGAGAAACGCUGGAGAAUCGGCGGCGCUGAAUUCGAGGCCCUUAUGAGAAUGCUUGAUAAUGCUGGCUUCCGUACGGGCUACAUAUAUAGAAAUCCACUCGUAAAGGGAGAACCCCCGAGACCACGAAACGAUGUUGAAGUUCCACCGGCCGUAUCGUCCUUAGGAUAUCUGCUUGAAGAGGAAGAAUUGUAUAAGCAAGGGCUGUGGAAGGGCGGACGUAAAGGCACAGACAGAUCCCGUUGGUUAAAUUCGCCGAACGUUUACCAAAAGGUUGAGAUCCUGGAAACUGGAACACCCGAUCCGAAAAAAAUCACCAAGUGGGUGUCUGAUGGAUCUCCUACCCAUAGCAGCACACCAGUCAAGAUAGACGGUGCUCUUCAGUUUGUUCCGAAAAAUACCAACCCAAAGGAGUUCAAACAAUUACAACAACAGAUUAAAGAUUACCGACGAGCAGAGAAAAUAUCGGCUGGUCCGCAAUCCCAUAUAUUAGAAGGUGUAUCAUGGGAAGAAGCUAAGAAAAUGCAGGACGCGACAAUUAGUGGUACCGGAGAACAAGUAGUUUUAGUAGGGGCCGCUAGCAAGGGUAUUAUACAGCGUGGUUUCCAACACAAUGCGAUGGUGUACAAGACACCUUAUGCCAAAAAUCCUUUUGACGCCGUCACGGAUCAAGAAUUGGAUCAGUACAAGAGAGAAGUCGAACGCAAACAGAAGGGAGAUCCUUACGAUGAGUCACAAUCAGAAUCCGAGGCCUUGUCGUCCUUUAACAUCAGUCGUGCGACGCAUGAAUCCAGCACUGCCAAGAGUCCUAUUCAAUCACCAGUUUCUGUUACUUCGGAAACAGAGGAGGAGAGUAGAGACGAACCCCGAGUAUUGCGAAUAGAAACGAAACAAGUGCCUGCGCCGAGUCAACCCGAAGUUGUGUUAAGCGAUGUGAAUGAUGCUACUACACAGUACCUUAAUGAGAUGCGCUACAGAAUGACUGAGCGACAAAGCAGUUACAAAGGAGAUUGCGAACUAACCAGCAAUUGCAGCAGCGUGAGCAACGAGAGUUCGCGAAUGUACUGCGACCGGCGGUUUUCCGAGCGUCCUUAUGAUGGCCCCCGUUUGGAGAACGUUAGAGUCUUGAUGACCGCCGAACGAAAGAAACCUGUUCUAAUCACACGUACGAAAAUGCUCGUUAAUGGACGAAGCCAAGUUCAAUCAAACACAAUCUCUCGAGACGAGGCUUUCGUCAAAUCGCGCUAUGCGGCAAGACGGAAAUUUUUCGAAGAUCUUGAACAUCGAAAGAGCGCGACGAACUCGGUUGUAUUGUCAAGAUCGAAGGCGAGUGCAAAUGAUGAGAAGGACAGAUCAAUGCUUGAACAAAAUUUCACUGAUCCGAAUGAGAAAAAAAUCUGUAAAACUGUAAAACUGUUGGACGCAUCUGUGAAAUGCGCAGAUGCGAGUACGAAAGAACAUGUUGAAAAUCUGAGCGGUGAAACGCGUUUGAACGAAAACGUCGCGAUGUAUUCUGUGGCAUGGACGAAUAUCGCGCAGCCGAGUUUCGUUGAACGUAUUAAUGUGAAGGAAACGAGGCUCAGUUCGCGUAAUAUCGCUUUCUGUAUAAACGGUGACGGUCAGACAGAGGAGGAAAUAGGACACCAUAAAAGGGUUGAAUGUCCAACGGUCGAGACGAUUGCUUCCAUGGAAACGGAGUCUCCAACAACUUUUAGUGAUAAAUCGAAUUCUAUGGUCGAUAUGGAUAACGAACAACAACAGCGCGCAUCGACAAACACAGAAAUGACACUUGCCCGCAGCUGCUCUAAAAUAGUUCAGCGUGAUAACAGCGAUAACGAGAAAGACUUGCGUUCGUUGAACGACUUAUCUUCCAAUAACUACGAUGGGCGUUUCAUUGAUCGUUAUGAAUGCGAUGAAGAUAAAGAUGUGUCGACAGAUAAAGAAAUAAACGGCGAUUUGAAAUCGACGGUGAAAUUGAAGAAACAAAGCGUUCAAUCUUGGAUCGAAAACUCCUUGUGCGAUAGCAACUGGUCAAGUAUCGCGGAAGUCGAUUCAUAUGAAUCAUAUUGCAACGAUAUCACAAAAAUUGUUGAGAGCAUCGACGUGAACAUUGCCUCGUCGAGAACGGAAUUGGAUGCGUUGCCUGACACGGACACUUGCGUCAAGUACAAUCUGGACUCGACAAAUAUGAGUCUCAUUUACAGUCUGACUCCGCCGGCGGCCGUUGACCAGGACGAAAGCGGCAACGAUGAUACCUUGCAGGACUUGGCGGAACGUUCGUCGGAGUGGCAGUCCGAUUCAACGAGAAGCGACAACGAUGAAGCAUUGAGCGAUUACAUAUGGAUAGAGCCGGAAAUGACUGAGACAGAGUAUGUCAAGUCUACACAAGAUCGCAGAUCUUCGAGCGAUAGUAGUUGUGCAGAGUUAGAUCAGCCCUUGUCCGAGAGGCACUCGUCAAGCGGUUCCGACAUACUCGAAUUACCGAGUUGUACGAUUCGCGAACUGAAGGACAUCGACGGCGAGGUCUUCCUCAAUGGAAUCAAUGAAUCUGCCAACAAGAUCAUCGCUGAUCUCGAUACGUCCAACGAAGUGCCGCCGUCGUACGACGCGGUGGAAGCCGCACAGCAGAUUAUCACCGAGAUUAUCGAAUCCAUUUACAUUCUACUGCAUUUAGAUUCCUCUAUUCACGACCUCAGCGUCGUGAGAGAAAUCGUGCGCACCUUGAUCAAUAGUUAUCAACGCGAAUACUUGCUCAUGGAAUCUGGCGAUCAAGCAUGCAUGUCAGAUGUCUUCACGAUGAUCGGCAACAACAUUGACAAUACUUGUCGGCUUAAAGGCUUUUUAGGGAAUCUGUCUGGCAACUUUGACAAUUACGAUAAUCGAGAUUGUGAAAUAGGGUUAUACCAAACAGAGGGUCGCGAAUCUCCAGCCGUGAUCGAAUUUUGUACUGUGGCGAAGAAGUUGCCAAUCAUUGCCGUCGACAAUAACGCUUUAGAAUUGAACUUUCGCGUAGUCAAAGUCUCGACAAACGAAUAUGCGGACAUGUCACCAGGUGCCCACCUUCGCCUAUUCGGCGAAAACUCUAUUGUCGUCGAUCGCGGUCUCGAGAUCGGUAAAGCUAGGGGCGGUGAAAGCACAGCGAUGAUAAAAUCAGAGCCAGAAAUGUGGUCGUGCGAACGAUGCUCCUACUGCCGCGAGGAGGAAUUGAUAAGGGAGAAACUGACUUUGACGCCUAUUAGCGAGGAGUCAGACGAUGCUUUGCACGAGACCGUUGACUCUUUAAAAGAUCCUGACGAUGAGCCAUUGUGUCACUUGGAAACCAACGAUGUUAUCGAAGAGAGUACGACAGCAAAUUCUAUGAGAAAACGUGUUUCCCUUGACGACACCUACACAAUUUCCGAAGUCAGCUCCGUCGUUAUUUCGGAUAAUGACGAAAUGAAUGAUCUUGAAGAACGGUGCGUUUGGGGAGACGUUGAGGAUCCGUCCAUAGAUUGCAUGUCAUAUUCUUACGAGACCAAAGAGUUCAUGUGUCUGGAAAAAGCUCUCGCGGCUGAAACAGCUCGCAACUGUCCAACGUAGCACUCCAUUUGUCUUUCAAAAAAGCGACAUUAUAGGUGCGAUCAAAUUGAUACUACAAAUGCUUUGAAACAUUCUUUGAUUGGUCAAUUUGUAAAAUUCUUUGUUUUGAUUGGUUAAUCAAUUAUUUCGAAAAAUUUGUAGCGUCUAAUUAACCGCAGUCUAUAUUCUAUCUUAGUUACCGUGAUUGUUUAAUUGAAUUACCAAAGAGUAUCUUUUUAAACAGAAAGAUAUUUCAACGAUCUCUUCGUUGAUAUACAAUCGCAUCAUUACAGUGUUUUAGCUUGCGGGUCGGUCGCUUUAUCUAUAAUUUAAUAUAUUUUUUUAGAGAGGGAUCUCAUAAUAUUCACGUCUAUGAAAAAUGUAUCACAUGGUUUAUACGCUCAAUCUUGCAUGUCAUUUUCUGCGUGCAUAUUUAUUUUGUUCAACGCGUCAAUUUUUUAUACGUUUUAAGCCAAAGAAAUACUUAUUCGUAUAAAUACGCGCGCACAAACAUUAAACAUUAAGACCUAAUGUUAUUUUAUGUUUGUUAAGUUUUGAUGAUUCUAUCUGUUCUCAUUACCUUUAUAAUUCUAUCGUCUCUUUAAGCACAAACAAAGCGCAUCUCCUGCGCGAUCGACUUUAAUCAUAUUUGGAGUGAAAAAAAAUUUGACAAUUUCUUACAAAUCAGCAUUGACAUUUAUGAUACAAGAAUGUUAAUAUUAUUUGUUUUCUAGUAUUUUCAAUUUUCUUUUUUUUUGUUAAGUUGUGACUUAAAGACGAAAGAUUUUGCUAUUUAAUGUAAUGUAUUAAUUUUAAUAUUCUUCUUUUCUUGAUAUGUAAUAAUGAGUUUAAUUGUUACGUUAUUACAUUAUGAUCUACACUUUUUCUAUGAUAUUGUAACUGAGCUAACUUGCAUUGCGAAUACUUAUAUGGUAUAAUUCAUUUAUAUAUUUUCAAAUAUUUACUGCACCAGCUUCAAAAUGUUAAAUUAAAAAUUUGCAUAUAA